CGACUCGAAACGUAAGGGCCGACAAACGCUUAGAAAGUUAUGAUUGAUGGUUGAUAAAUCUCUUCCGUGAAAUGGUUGUUUGAGUGAAUUGAGUGACUAGAGCCCAGUAUGAAUCCGGGUACCAGUCUACACUUUGAUGGAAAGGCACUUGAGGAACAGCAAGAGGCAGAGCUGAAACAAGAUGACCUCAAGAGAGAACAGGAGUUACGUGAAUUGUUGUCGACUGCUCUACCAGAUGACCUACUAGACGAUGACACAGCCUCAUUUUCCAGUCAUGAGUCAAGCGGCUCACUUAGUCAACAUCAUGACAAUCCACAAACUGCUACAAGGAGCCCUGAUCCUUGGAACCACCUGAGGCAGAAGCUUCCUGCUCAUCACAGACUGAUUCAGCAUCAGACGCAGCAGACAUCCACACCCAAUAGCUUCAGUAACCCACCCGCUCUCAAGACGCCUGGCCCAAGCCAUGAACAUCAAGCAAGUCAACAGCACUACCUCCCUACAAAGACCAACGUCCAUAAUGGGAAUAAGCUUGUCGAGUCAUCAGAUAAUGAGUGGAUUGAAGAACAUACCAUAAGACAACAAUAUGAACGAGGCGAGAUAGAGGGCGCUGUUAGUGAUGAGAUACCAGAAACUGGGACCGCAUUUCCUGGACAUGAAGCGCAGCAAAGGUUUAGAAACAAUCAAUAUGAGCAACAUUAUGAUGUCCAAGGGAUGGAGAAUGGAUACCAGGACUAUGGUGACCAUGCUGAUUACCAGCCAACCAAUGGGAUGAAUGGAUACCAUCAUGAAUAUGCUAAUGAGGAUCAGGCAACCAAUGGGAUGAAUGGAUAUCAUCAUGAAUAUGCUGAUGAGGGCCAGAUGCAGAAUGGAGGAGUUGAAGAACCAAGCUACAUUGAGGAUACAGAAUCAAAUCGUCCAGAGCUGAGGUACAAUGAGAACGUCCAGCAGUAUGACCCAUCAGACAAUCCUAAACACACUCAACAGUAUUCAGUCAAUGCUCAGCCGCAUCACCAAGAGAGGAAUGUGAACCAACCAGGCAACCAUGGAUUAGAACCAUCCUCAGUCAGAGUCCAAUACCGAGUUGGAACUUCUCAGCAGAAUGAACCAUUGCAGCAAGCAAACCAACACAAUGGAUUUCCUACAGUUAACAACCAAGCUACUCCGGGAUUUACACAAGAUGCUGAGGACCCUUUGCAGAAGCAGUUCCUGGGUGCUGGUGGUGAUGAGGAGAGUAGACAGAUGGCUCAGCUGCAGAUCUUAUACAAGGCCAGAGGUAGGGAACUAGACCAUCUAAGCAGCCAACUCCAGGUUCUUAAGGAGGAGUCAGGGAGAGAGAAGAGGAUUCUAAAUCAUCAACUUGCUUUGGCUCAAGGAGAGAAGGCGGGAGUGAAUGCCAGUUAUGAGCACUGUCAGGAGCUAUUGAUUGUAUCACAACAAGAAACCAACGAGCUGAAAGGGCAGCUUCAGUCAGCUCAUGUACAGAUACAAGCUCUCAAUGCUGCCAAACAUCAGGUAGAGGAGAAGCUUCAAUCAACGGAGGCUGCUAUAGAAAGCUUGUCUGGCCAGCUGAUUGAGCUACAACGAUCACAACCUCUAGCCAAGGCUAGAGAGCAGCAGGACGGACUACUGAAGAACCUUCAGCAACGAUAUGAGCAGGAGUUAACGAGACUCAAGGAGAAGGUGGACAGUAGUCAAGGGACCUUAGAAGAUAAGAAUAAUGAGGUUGCUAGUCUUCAUCACAAGCUGUCUAGUGUUUCCAAGUCAGCCGAGCAGCAGAGACUUGAACAGGGUAACACCAUCAACACAUUGACAAAUCAACUACAACAGAGCCAGAAACAAUGCAGGGACUUACUGGAGACAGGAUCCCUUCAAGAGAUCAACCUCUUACGUGUGCAGCUCCAGCAAGUUGAAGCAGCUCGUAGCUUCAGUGAAAACAUGACUGCAGCGUUACAGGAGGAGUUAUCUGAACUGAAGGAGCAGCUUCAGAUGUAUGAGUCUGCCAUGGAGUUAGGUGUAAUGUCUGCCAAGUCACCAGAAUCUACACAGAAUGCCAAGUCAUUUGCUGUGAGGAAUCUAGCCAAGUCGGAUUGGAAAACGCCGCAAAUUCAAAGGCCAUCCACAGACCCUGGCUCCAACAUGACUCCAGAUGAUCUAGUCAGGGGCUUAAGGAAAGAGCUAGAACGAUCUUUACAGAGUAAUCGCACCAAGAGAAGUCAGGUUGCUAAACUACAGAGUGAUCUCAAAGCAGCAAAGGCUGAUAUAGAGACGAUGAGGAACAAAGUACUGGAGUCAAAGACUACUGGCAAGGACACGGAGGUGAGAUUGAAGGUUUUAGAAGCACAACUUCAGACGUCCAAAUCCAUGUCCGACAACCCUCAGUCCUCAAUGACUGCUGAAUCAUCCAAAGAGCUCCUCGAGCAGAUAAAUCAACUUCAAUCUGAAAAGGAGAGCAAUGCAGCUGUGUUGAAAGAGCUUAGGUCAGAGGUCAAGCAUCUCAAGGAGCUGAACUCUGACCUAAAGAGGCAGAUGGCUGAGAUGGUGGCUGACUGGGAUAAAGAUAAGAAAAUUGACUUGGAUAGAGUUCAGAGGACAUGUCUACAGCUACAUGAGGACUCCUCCAGGAAUCUAAGAGAACAGAUGGUGACCGAGCUUCAAUCUGAGAGGGACAUGCUUAAAGAAGCACACCAACAUCAGAUACAGGAGCUCAGGGCUGAUUUAGAGCAAGCUCAGACGGAGCUGGUCGACGUGAAGGGACUCUACAUUGAUGUAUGUGAAGAGAAGAAUAAGAUUCAAGAUGCAGUGACUGAAACACUCAAAGCUGAGGCCACAAAACAACUGGAUCAGGCUAAGACUGAGUGGCAGCUCCAGCAUGAUGCAGCCUUAAAGGAGCUUCAUGAAUCUCUUGAGAGUAGUCACCGUGCAGCAAUGGUCACAACCAAGAAUACCUGGAGAAAGGAGAUUGAAGUGGACAAUCAACUACUGGUUGAAGAACAGGUUGCCUUAGCCAAGGUGGAGUGGAGUGAGACGGUACGUAAAGAUGCAAUGAAGAGCGCCCUCACAGCUGCUGAUGCAGAAUGGCAAGUCAAGAUGGAAGCUGAGCUGGAAAAGAGAAUUACAAAAGCAAAAGAAGAAUUAGAAAAGAAGCAUCAAGACUACCUGGAUAACCGCAUCAAGGAGCUGCAGAGAGAUCACGAUGUAGACAAGGCUCGGGCAAUUAAGACGUCUCUCUCUAAUGCCAAGACAGAAUGGAUGAUUAAGGCAGAGGCAAACACUAAAGAGAAAGUGAAACAAGCUAUUGAGAUGACUAGAGAACAGUGGACAGAUGAAGAUGCAGACCAGAGGAUGGUGGAUGCUGUAUCAUCAACAAGACGUAGCUGGAGUGAUGAGAGAGGUCAUAGUGAGACAGUCAAACAAGAAUGGAUGCAAGAGCAUGGAGAGAAGGAAAUAUCAAGGAGAGUAGCAGAGAUCACCCAGACUCUAGAGGCCAAGCACCUCUCUCACAUCACUAGCCUACAGGAACUUAUGGAGAAAGGAAAGCAGAGAUUGAAACAGGAAAUGGAAGCGGAGAAACUAUGUGCCUUACAAGAAGCCAAGAAUCGUCUUGAGAGAGAACAUCAUGAAGCCUUAGAAGAAGCCAUGAAAGUCUCAAGAUCUAAAGCGGAGAAAGCAAAGAUGGAGAGUUUGGCCCAAACAUCUAGAGAGUGGCAGACCAAGCUGGAUGAGAUGUUAAAGACACAGCAAGAGGUGGUCAACAAGGCAGUACAAGAAGCUCAGGAAGAAUGGCAUCAGAGAAAGCAUGAGAUGGAAGAAGCCCAUAAGAAAGCACUGGAAUAUCUUCACGCUGAAGCAGAGGCUGACCAAGAAGAGUUGAGAAGCAAGUAUGAGAAGGAGCUAGAGAGAGGACUAGAGGAAGCUGUGACUGAGGCGAGGGAGCAGUGGUCUCAAAAUUGUGAUGCAGAGCUCAGGAAAACUUGUGAUGAGAUCCUGGAACGCAAAGAGCGGAUCUGGCUCCAAGAACGAGAAGACCUCCAGGAGCAACUGAAAGAUGCAACCUCCCAGCUACAAUCCAGUCUGAAACAAGGAGAUCGCCACCGCAAGAAGCAAGUCCUCUCUAAGCAGAAAAUGGAGAAGGAGAUUGAGUCUCUGAAGGAGCAGCUUCAAGAUGCCGAUCGGGAGAUGAAACAGACAGAGUAUAACUUGAGGAGGGACCUUGAGAAGCUUCAGAGUCGACUGAAAGGAGCCAAGGAGGCUGUCGUGGAGGAGCUGGAGGCUAAGAUGGAGAAGAUGAGCAAGAGACAUGAAGAGGAGUUGAUUAUAAUCAGACAGGGAAGAUGUGAUCAGAAACAACUAACGGAUUCAACUUCACAGACGAAUAACGAUGACUGGGUGUCUGCAGAUGUAAUGCAGGAACUGAAAACUCAUUACAUAACAACAGUCAAGAAGAUCAAAGUGGAUGUGAUCAAACGAAUGGAAGACAUGAGAGAAAACUUCAGGUGUACUGUCCACACAGAAGUCAUGAAGGAAAGACACGCAACCACAAAGAAACUACGCAGAUAUUACCUUCAAUGUCUACAGCAAUUCCUUGAGGAGGAUAGUCAGAAUCCAAGGAAUCACACCAAAACACAGUCAACAGCAAGUAAACUAGCAGCAAUGGCCAAAGCCCUGGAUCUUCAGCCUGAUGAGUUAACCAUGAGAAGCCCACACCCAAUUACAUCAAGUCAGAACAUGACGUCUCUAACUACAAGACCAACCGAGGGUAAGAGAAGCCAUGAUAGCAGUAGUAAUGAUGGACAAGGAAACAAUGAUCCAAUAAGCAGUAGGAAGGGACCACGUAUUGAAGGAAGACAAACUAAUUCUGUUCAAAGUCAUACCUCAACGGAGUUUAGAGGUACCCAUGACAUCUGUACCCAGCCUGAUGACAAAUCAAGCAUAUCUCAAAACAGCUCUAAUAAAGACAGCUCUAGAACGGGACACACUACUCCACGCGAUAACUCUGCUGCCAACAGCCGUAAAUCCUCAAUCGAUCUUGGUGCUUCCUCAUCAGGAAUAUCCUGGGAGGGUAUGGAGACUGGGAUCUCUCUUGGCAAGCUACCUAUUCAACCACGAGAGUUCAACCCUAAACCUGAGCGUCUGCCUUCCCACCUCUACCACAAAUCAUCUGGUAGCUCAAUGUCCACUACCUCUUCAUCUUACGACUCUGUAACAGCACGAUCCAGGGAGUCUUCACCAAGCCAUUCAGUCGGUAGCUCCAGGAAGGCACAAAUAGAAAGCAGAACCCACUCUGGUGGUCAGUCGUUUACAAAAAUUCCACUCAGCAGAGUAAGUCUUAAAUCACAAGAAAGCUCACAAGAAAGCUCUCCAGAAAACUCUACCAGCGACACCAACAGAGGGCACUUAAAAUUACUCAACGGACCAUCUAGGAUGACUGAACGAAAUAUUACCAGCCAUUCCAUGAAGCACAAGUUGGGUACAAAAUCACAAGAAAGUUCCCCUGAAACUUCAGCCACUGCAUCACCAAGAUCAAGACAGCACACUUAUAACACUUGUACAUCUAAAGUGAGCUGCAAUAUAACCACACGCUCCAGACACAAUGAGAAGCAGUGCAUUCCAAGUGAUGAUUUAAUUUCUUCACCGAACAGCCCUUUUGUGAAACCAAUCUCAACUUUUAAGAGAAACGCCGACUCUAAGAAAGGGCCGUUGAGGGUCCCACCACCAUCUGAGAGAACGGCUGCAAUGCUGGCGUCCAUGCCUACGAGUAUUCUGAAACCAGUACCUCAGUCUACCCGGCAUACACAGAUCCCCUCUCCAGGACCCUACAAGCCUACCGACACAUCUACUGCCUCCCUUGAUACAAUCUAUAAUGACCUACCAGCAAGUCUUAACAUCCAAGACAUUCCACACGACGACAUCUCGCUCAAUAAGGUCGUCAGGUUUGAUAGUGUUUCCCAGGGGAAAGAUUAUAACUAUAAAAGUCACGCUGACGAGGCAGUAUUGAGACCUUAUAAAUCUAGGAGAGUUGAAACUACGUCUACUUUGCCUUCUAAAAUGAACCUCAGAACCAAUGUGCCUCUAUCAAGAUCUGGUGACAAGUUUAGCCACAUGCUGCAACAGGAUAGCGGCUUUGUAAGCCCACAGGUUGAAGAACAAAUUUAAGCCAACAUAGACAAAUAAAUAUUUCUAGGUGUGCACAAAGAGUGUUAUUGCACAAGAUGUAAAAUAAUAUUACGGUUUACGGAAUUGCAGUUAUUGAGCCUUACGGGGCCCAAUUUUAUGGCUCUGCAAACCGCCAAAAUCUGUGCUAACGAUCACCAUUUCAGCUUACUAUGCAGGCGCUGAAUUUCUGCGCCAGCUGUGUAAGCAAGGAUUUUUUAGUAACGUUGAGCAAAAGCACAAAUUCCCUGCUAACCCGUGGAAUAGGCUUGAGCUAAGCACAGAAUUCCCGGCUUUCGUAAGUGCUGAUUCUUUGCUUAUGGUGAGCAGAGCCAUGAAAUUUGGCCCUUGUAUGCUGACGAAUUGUUUCCUUCUAAUUUCCUUAGAGCAGUACUGCCUCUACUUCUACUUCUAGUGAUUAAAAGAUUUGAGUUUAAAAUUAAUGUGGUAGGUUUUGGCAAGUUUGUUUGCGUGGAAAACACUGUUUGUUUAAUAUUUGUAGUUUAAUCCAAUUGAGAUGAAUUCAAAACUAAUUUUGCAUCGAGCCAAUUAAUGAACUAAUUUUGUACAUUUUGUAAAUAG